GCCGUCCCUACCUGCAAUCAAAAAGCCCCAACUGUUGCAAAAGCACUUUGGGACAAUUUCAUAGUCCACUACGGGAUACCCGAACGACUACAUAGUGAUCAGGGCCCCGAUUUUGAGUCCUGCCUCAUACAAGAGCUUUGUAAACUUAUUGGUACUAGAAAAAUACGGACGACUCCUUAUCACCCCAGAGGGAACCCAGUUGAACGUUUCAAUCGAACGUUACUGAGUAUGCUAGGUACCCUGGAAGAGAAAGACAAGACUCAGUGGCACAACUAUGUUAAACCACUUGUACACGCGUACAACUGUACCAGAAAUGACGCCACUGGUUUUGCUCCAUACGAGCUAAUGUUUGGCCGACAGCCCAGACUACCAGUUGAUUUAGCAUUCGGACUUCCCCUUCACUGUAAAAAUUUCCAGUCACACUCUGAGUAUAUAGAAAAACUCAAAGCAACGUUACAAGAAAGCUACAAGUUAGCAACCAAAAAUGCUCAAAAGAUGGCAGAAAAGAACAAAAUGCGAUACGACACCCGAAUAAAACCCUCUAGGUUAGGACCAGGUGACAGAGUCCUGGUUCGAGCAGUUCGUCUCAGAGGUAAGCACAAACUAGCCGACAGGUGGGAGGCUGACAUUUAUGUGGUGCUGCACCAAGCAGGUGACUUGCCUGUUUACACUAUAAAGCCUGAAGCUAAAGAAGGCCCAGUUCGUACUGUCCACCGCGAUCUCUUACUCCCUUGUGGGUUUCUUGCCCCUGUCAAGGAAGACCUUGUUCGACCCAGUUGCAUUGGCAAACCAAGAACCAGGCAGUCCCGUAGUUUACCUGCUGACAGUGAGAACUUAGAAUCAGAGGGUGAGGAUGUCUACUGGUUCAGAAAGGAACCUGACCAAGAGCCCAUAACUUUUACUGAGGUUCUAGAGAUUCCUUGGCCAAGUAAGUGCCUGGAACGGCAGAAUUUGGUAGAAUCUCAAAUAACUGAACAAAACUUACCUGAAUGCGAAAUGCAUACUCACCCUGGUAAUUUACCAGCAAGGGAAAUGAGUACUGAACCUGGCGAUUUACCUGAUUGUCAAAUGAAAACUCAACCUGAAAACUUACCUGAAUGUGGAGCCAUAACGGAUGAAGGAAGCCUAGAAGGAAGCAAAACAGAUGUGGAAUCUGUAAAUGAUGAACUUAAGACGAAAACCAAAAAUAACUUACCUGAAGGACCUACCUGCAGUGAACCUGAAGGAGGAGGAGGACUAGAUGAUGAAAUAGGAAAUCGGUUAGAUACUGCGAGCGAAACCCCAAAGACUUUGAGACGCUCAGAAAGAGCAACAACUCAACCUAAUAGGCUACAAUACAGUAGAUUGGGAAGCCCUCUUGUAUCUAUCGCACAGUCCUUGUUUCAAGGAUUGAACUUAGCUUUCACAAGUGCAUUAACUGAAGCAAAUUCAAGCAUUACACCUUCAAACACUAGCACACCGAUAAUUGAGGUCUAGCGAUUCUAUGCAAAGGGACUUGCAUAAUUCUAGAGGGGACAGUGUAACCCGGUGUAAAACCCAGAUUACGAUAGUAACAUCAUUACACAAUUAGAAUGAAUAAUGAAAUAUAAAUGGAAAUUUACAAAACAGUUAAAACAGGAUAAAAGACCAAAUAAGAUAAAUAGAAAUCUAAACAUUCAUACAUUCAUAGUUUAAAAAAAAGAAAGAAAAUACAAACUUGUUGAAAAUAGUCAAAUAAGAAAAGCUAAAAUCGAGUAAAUAGAAAGUUCCAGUAAAAUUCAGGUAGCAACUGACUAACCAAUCACGUGGCUAGCCAGCUAUUGCAUUAGCCAAUAGAAUUUAGCACUUUCUGCUGCUCGCUACGCAGCUUUCACUUGCCUUCAGACGCGCUGAGACGCUGACGAGGAAGCACUUGCCGUGAAGAGCAAACUAGGAUGCACUAGCAGCCGUUACUUGAAAAACAAUUACUCCAAGUUCGAGAUACAGAGGUCCGAAGACCGUGAUUUGCCGUUACCCUUGGGAAAC